GCGUAUCAUUGUGUGGAAGUACAGUACUCGUACAGUGGAAGUGCUUCCACUAUUCUACCAUGCGACGUUUGCGCCAGAGUACCAAGUACCAACUGUGCUGAAUGUCAACAGCUGCUCCCAAUCUGCAACCACUUUGUUACGCCAUUGUAUUAUAAUAGUGUGGUUACUGCUAAAAGUAAGUCACACCACUUUACAAGCCACAAGCUAGUCGCAUGCGGAGAAGAGCAGGCAGAACGUAGAAAAAAGGCUCUCCGAGACUUUUGAGAGCAAAAAUUAUAUCGCAAUGGAGCACCUAUAUUCAAUUGCACUCGCCUGCGUCAGAAGCUGUUGGAAAGGAAAAGGCACACCGCUACCAUAACUGAAACACUAUGCAAUGGGUAAUCUAAGAAAGCCUAAGAAACCUAAGAAAACCUAAGAAACCUAAGAAAAACUGAAAGAAAUCAAGUUUGAAGAAACCUAAGAAAACCAGGAAAACAUAAGAACCCUCGAAAUAUCCAAGUACACAAUGGAAUGCUUGGAUGCGGACAUCAGAGUUGCGAUCCUACGUUUUUGCAGGUGGACGCGGUGAUGAGCGAGGCGGCUCGCCAGCCGAUCGACGGACGAAUUCAUCUGCCCCUUCCCGCCUCGCUGCGAUCUCUCGUCACCGUGGAGAGCUACCCGGUGGUCCGUGCCAGUUCGGGCGGUGCGGCGACCUUUCACUGCAGUCCUCUGCGGAUACUUCCCAACGUUAACAGGAGCAAUGCUAACAAUACAACCGUCAUGUGGGUGCACAACCACAAAAUGCUGGCGGCACUUAACAGCGACGGGCUGCGUUACAAUUACACGGCAUCCAGCGAUAUCACUCAAACGGUGGACUGGGCGGCCGCCUCCGCCACGCUCACCAUGCGCAACGUUACCUGGGCGUCACGCGGCCUGGUGGGUUGCCUGCAGGAAUGCGAAGCCGACCCGGUGUAUGAGCACUGCCCGCUACAUAUCUUUCGUUUCCACGUCACGCCCACCGCCAAUGAGCUCUUUUUGGCGCCGCUGAUGCACAACCUCACGGUCGUCCGCUCCGGGGAGGCGCGCUUCCGGUGCAUCACCAGCCUGAUUGUUCCCACCGACGUAUUCCAUGGUCGAAUGGGCUUCAUCUGGCGCUAUAACGCGCAGUGGCUGGCGGCGCCCCAAUACCACGCUCUGGAACCUUUCGUGGGGCCGGUAGCCACGCCUCCGCCGCGGCGCCCCUCUCCCAAGCAUGUGCCCCCGUGGCAGCGCAACCGGAAGCCCGGGGAAACGUUGGCGGAAUACAGCGUCUUCAACAGUGAUACCGAUCCCGAUAAUUUCACCAGUACGCUGGUCAUUCCCGCUGUGCAGCUGCAGGCGUCGACACCGGCGCGGGUGGAGUGCUGGGUGCAGCCAGAUCAUCAGCGGGAAGUCUGGCUAAUGCAGACGGCCUACUUGCAUGUCCUACCGGCAUCCGAUGCCUGACUGUUGAAGCAUGCUAUUUAACUAACACUCUUUUUGCAUGCUUUCUGCAUUCUUAAUAUUAUUAUGGGAUGACUGUUAGAUAAUUCUCAGGUACAAGCCAAUACAGUAAUUCGUCAUAUAAACGAGGCAAUUCGCAAUGGCCUCUCUCAUCAGGAACACUGG